GUUCGGCCACCACGGUCCGACCGGGAGCACUUCGUUCCGAUGGCUCAAUCAUUCACCUGGUUUCCCGUGAACCACCUGGGCAGCACAAAGAGCAACGAGCGUCUUCAAAACACCUACGAAUAUCCGUCGGUACCACUGUGUUCAGCGAACGAUGUGCAGCUACGCUUUCUCUGCCCGGACGAUCUCGAGGAGGUGCGGACCUUGUGCCAAGACUGGUUCCCGAUCGACUAUCCGCUCUCGUGGUACGUGGACAUUACCUCCAGCACGCGCUUUUUCGCACUGGCCGCCAUUUACAACUUUAGCAUCAUUGGCCUAAUCGUGGCCGAGAUUAAGUCGUACAGCAAACUCAACAAAGAGGAUCGAGGCAUUAUUCCGGAAUCGAUGGGCCGCGAUGCAGAGAUAGGGUACAUACUGUCCCUGGGUGUGCAUCGAAAGUACCGCCAAAACGGUAUAGGAUCCUUGCUGCUGGACUCUCUCAUCAACCAUCUAACGACUGCCGAACGACACAAGGUGAAGGCAAUAUUUCUACAUGUACUGACCACGAACCGUACAGCCAUACUUUUUUACGAGCGAAGAGGGUUUGUCCUUCAUUCCUUUCUGCCUUACUACUACUCUAUUCGAGGAAAGUGCAAAGAUGGUUUCACCUACGUGUCCUACAUCAACGGGGGCCAUUCGCCUUGGAGCUUAUACGAUUAUUUGAAGUACUGGUGCUCGCAGAUUCUAACUGCCGGUGGACUUUGCCCGUGGAUCUGUGGCCGCAUGCGAACAGCGUUCCGUUGGGUGUGCUAUCGUACUAUGGGAAGAUCUCACCUUCAGCCGGACGAGUAG